AUGUCCACAGAGACUACAAAACCAUCAAUCACUACUACACCAACUACUGUACUCGUUUCUCCCAACACGCUCAAAAGGAAAAAGGGUGAAGACACCAGCGAGGAACAACUGGAAGCAGAAAUCAAACGCGUGGCCCUGAAGGAUGCAGACAGCCACUCUGACAACGACCACGAUUCCCCCGACAAUGUUCCCUCUGAUGUACAUUUACGAAUGCUGUGCUUAGUCAAACACGCUUCACUGAUAGUAGGACACAAGGGCGCCACUAUAUCUAGAAUAAAAUCCGAAACCUCUGCUAGAAUAAACAUAUCAAAUAAUAUCAGAGGUGUUCCUGAAAGAAUUGUUUACGUGAGGGGUACUUGCGAUGAUGUAGCCAAGGCAUACGGCAUGAUAGUAAGAGCGCUGCUUGAAGAACAUGGUAACGAAGAUAACGGGGAAGACAUUGAGAUUUCUAUCAACCUAUUGAUCCCUCAUCAUCUUAUGGGAUGUAUAAUUGGCAAACGUGGGUCUCGGUUAAGAGAAAUUGAGGAUUUGAGUGCAGCAAAAUUAUUCGCGUCCCCGAAUCAAUUGCUGCUUUCUAACGAUAGAAUUUUAACCAUUAACGGGGUUCCGGAUGCUAUCCAUAUUGCUACUUUCUACAUUAGUCAAACAUUGCUAAACUUUCAGAUGGAAUCUCCGCAGAAAAAUGUGAAAAGGUCCAUAUACUAUCAGCCAACUCAGUUUAACUCAGUAUUAAUAGACCAUAGCCAACCGAACACCAUUUUCCAUCAAAGAAACCACCAAUAUCAUCCAAGCGAUAAACUACUUUCAUACAAACCCAACAAAAAUUUACCAAUAUCAUCUACUUUGUUGAGUAUGGCCACACCGCAGUAUACUACUGCUAGCGUUGCAAACGCAACGGCCUUUCAACCGAACUUCGUUAUCCCUAAUGUGACAGUCUUAGACGGCCCUGUUAUCAGUCCGGCACCCGGCAACCAUUUAUUAAUGAACUUUGUACAACAAGAGAUAUUCAUAGAUGAGAAAUUUGUCGGAAAUGUCAUUGGCAAAGAUGGCAAGCACAUAAAUUCGGUCAAGGAAUCCACAGGUUGUUCAAUUAUUAUACAAGAUCCUGUAGAAGGCUCUUCGGAGAGAAGACUUACCAUAAGAGGUACGUUCAUGGCGUCCCAAGCUGCUAUUAUGUUGAUUAGCAAUAAAAUUGAAAUUGAUAGAUCAAAUGCUGAACGUAAAAGAAGGUCGCCCCUCUAA